GUACGCAUAGCGCACGAGACGACCCUCUUCGAAGCCGUAGAAGUUGUGAUUUAAUAACGAUCUGAAAAAAAGUAGAAGUUGCUCGUACUUCUUCCUUCCGGUCCAUUACCCGAAAUGCUCCUUGUUUCCGGCCAACAUUAAGAACCGCGACAAUUAUAUACUUUUUGAAUUGAAAAAUAUCAACACAACAAUGUCCAACGAGUGGCGGUAUAUCGACAGAAAGGGGCGGGUCCAGGGCCCCUUUCUCCAAAGUCAGAUGCGGGAGUGGUACGGGGCGGGCUUUCUCCCCCACGAGCUCCGGGUCCAGCCGGACCCCGGGUGCCCGUUUGCGCCGAUCCGGGACUACUUUCCGAACAUGCCGGUGAGUCAAAUUUUCGUCGCGGCCUUCAAGAAACCCAGCAGCAUGAACGAUAUUGCGGCGUACGCGCAACACGUGGAACAGAAGGAGCUGCAGCAGCAGGCCGCUGCAGCUCAGCAACUAGUACAACAACCCCAACAACCUGCUCCGGGAGGAGCUGGAGCUGCUCCUGCGCUAGUUGUACAGCAGCAAUCUUCUCAACAGCAGCCCCAGCAACACCUGUCCAUGCAGCAAAAAGCGGCAGCGGUGCAGCUGUCCAAAAAAUCGAAGUCGAAAAACAAGAAGGCGAACACCGGGGCGGAACAGGUGCAGGACAUGAACCCGGCGAACAUGCCGACCAAGAUUUCGCCCGCACAGCUCCUGAUGAAGGGCUCGUCUACGGCCGCACAGAUGGCGAUGAUGAA